CACGGCCAAAACCAUGAAAUGCACGGCCGUGCAACCUCAGGGGCAGCCCAGGCCGUGUGUAUCCUAUUUUCAUCCAAAAUCUCGUGUUUUGGUCAAACCAUGGGGGAAAGGAACAAGUCGGGGAGUCUUCAAAGGGCAAGGGAAUUGGCAAGUAACGACUGGAAACGCUGAAGAAAGGGUAAAGAUGAUCGGAUAUUUCCCACACAAAUUGGGAACAAAAGGGGAAUCAUCUGAUGUUUUCACGAAGCACCAUCUGCAUCUACAAAUCGUUGGGCUUACAGAACAU